AUCUUGAAAACGUCAGUUUUCGCUAAAAAGGCCACUAUUGACUUGGCCAUUUUUCAUAAUGAUAUUUGUUAUAAUACAAAAUUAUUGAUUUUUAUCACAAAGGUGUUGGUAAAAUACGUAUAGUGUAUAGUGCAAUUAGUUACAAGUUUGUACAAAAUGAGUUUUUGUUGAAAGUUAUUACUAUUGUAACAUAAGUUGUGAAUUACAUCGUUAGAAUAAAAUAUUGAUGAUAAACUAGUUAUAAAACAAAUAAAUAAAAAUGGAAGAUUUAUUUGAUGUUAAAGUUAAGAUUGAGAAAGUUGACUCAAGAAAGGAUCCUACCUCAUUUUUGCCCGAGGAGCCAAUGUCUUAUGAAAUUAAGAAGAAAAAGAAAAAGAAGAAAAAGCACCAGGAAGACCCUUUCAAGGAUAUUGAUGAUAAGGUUGAUGUGAAAGUGGAACCUCUCACUCUGCUGGACCCUGAAGUUAAAAUUAAGGUUGAAGAUAUUGAAGUGCAGUUGGAUUUUAAUGAUUUCGCUGAUAGCAGUGGGCUGAUGGUCGAAGGUCCUCACAGCGAGGAUAGUCAAGAACCAGCUGUGAAGAUAGAACAACAAAACCAUGAAGCGGUCCUACUCACAUUUGAAAGCGUCAUCAACAAUAGACCACAACUUUUAGAUCAAUCCGACUUAUUCAACCAAGACUUGCCACUCGAACAAGGACCCAGCCAUGUCUGCAAAGUCUGCCAUCUAGUCUUUCAAUCACAGAAAACUCUUCGGAUGCAUCAGAAGAGGAAGCACAAGUCAUUCAGAAAGUCAUUUAAACACAUCUGCGAUUACUGCGGCAUGUCCUAUGAAAUGAAGAACAGCUUAGUCGCUCACAUCAAGAGGAAACAUGGACCUAACUCCAUGCCAGAUGACAGAGAAGAAAGGACUUGUGACAUAUGUGCUCUAGUGUUUAAAGGAAUGACCCGGUUAAGAAUGCACAUGAGAAGAAAGCAUGGAGCCUUUCAGGAAUCCUUCAAACAUGUCUGUGAAGAUUGCGGAUUAACUUAUGAUAAGUACAGAAGUUUGAUAGUCCAUAUACAACGCAAACAUUCUAAUUAUAAAAAGCCAGAACUUAACCAAUGGUACAACUGUCCGUUCUGUCCAAAAAUAUUCACUAAAAGAGAAACUUAUGCGAGACAUGUGCAGAGGAAACAUCAUGUUUCUGAUGAGGAUAUCAAAAGCGAAAAGAUAGAUGAUUAUUUGGAGAGCUGCAAGAAUCAGGAAACUGGUGAGAUUACUUGUAAAGAAUGCCCUCUAGUCUUCUCUUCUAUCAACUUCUUGAAACUGCACAUGAGGAGGAAGCAUAACGCUCUGAAAGAAGAUUUCAGAUUGAAGUGUCGGAUCUGUAACUUGUCUUACGAUAAAAUUGAGAGUUUGAAGAGGCAUGUGAGGAGAAAACAUGACAAGCGAUCUCACUGUGAAGUGUGCAACAAACAGUUUGAUACGCGAGAGAUGUAUCUCAACCACUCUCAUACGAAGGAAGUUAAGGAAUGUAAUAUUUGUGGACUGAUAUUUGCAUCACAGGGUGGUUUGGCUAAGCACUUGAGAUGCACACACAAAUUAGACUCACCGAAGACUGUCUUCUGUAACUUAUGUAACGAGGGAUUCCAUGAUAAGAGACAGUUGAAGCCGCAUUUCAUGAAGGUGCAUUUAAAAGUAUCGUACACAUGUCGAUAUUGUAAGAAAAUUUUCAAAGCUAAAGAGAGUUAUAGACGACAUAUAUUUAUAAAGCAUCCGAAUGCAAAUCAUUUCAAUGCUCAACCACAGAAAUGUGAUCAGUGCAAUGAGACGUUUAAGGACGAAUUUGAUCUGUGUAAGCAUAUAAAUGUGGUACAUGGUACGGAGGAUGUGAGUAAAGAAGAAACAGAAGUAGAAAUUAAAAGAGAGGAUCAAGAUAUAAAGGAUAGUUUCCAGUGCACAAAGUGCCCGGAGACAUUCUUAACGUGGGAACAGCUGAAGUUGCAUUACGAAGCGAACCAUCACAAUAUUCAAGAGACUCAAUGCCAGAUUUGUGGGGAAAUACUCCCCGGGUAUGAGUUACAAAAACAUAUAAAAGCUCUUCACACUGUUACGGAGAUGCAUUGUAAAUAUUGUGAGUUUAAAACGAAUAUCCGAGUCAGUAUGACUCAACAUAUGUUACGGCAUAAGAACGCUGAAACACUAAAUUGUGAUUACACGGGAUGCAAGUACAAGACGUUUUAUGAAGGUGCUAUGGAGAAGCAUAAGCGAAAGCAUGCUGACCAGGGAGUGAAACUCCAAUGUACCCAGUGCCCCUUCCAAACGAUGAAUAAAUACAUUUUGAAGUAUCACGAAGAAGCUCAUGAAACAGGAAAGAAGCGAUACAUGUGUGAUCAAUGCGAUUACGCCACAAUUCUACCGGCCAAUCUUGUUCAACAUAAAUAUAAACAUUCUACGGAAAAGAGGUUUAAAUGUGAAGUAUGCCCAUUCGCAACGAAAUAUAAUACUUCCCUGCGGUUCCAUGUUAGGAAAAAACACUGUGAUCUCCCGACAUUCAGUUAAAUAUAAAUGUUUUUUAUUAUUAUUAAAAUAUUUGGU